AUGUCCGAUAGCCUGUCACAAUGUGUUGAUGCUCUGAAAUCAAGUGUUCAGUGUUUGGAAGACACAGUAGUGAAAUUGGGCAACGAAUCCAGGACGAGUAAUUACUUGACCAAGAGUCUUCUACAAUCUCGAAGGGUGUUUGAAUUGGUGCCGGAAUAUGAUGUCCAGAGAGCCAAACUGGACUUGAUUGAGGAGAUUGAGCCGUUGGUGAACAAUCUGAGCAGCAAAGUAACGAAAAACCUGUUAAAACUGGAAAGAGAGCGGGAUAAUCUUCAACAGACGUUAGAGUUGAAUGCGUUGAAGAUGAAAAAUAAUAGAUACAGCGGAGAACAUGAAGAUGAAGAUGUGGACGUUUUAAACCAGGAUGCGGGCUCAGACGUGGUUAUCAUGACAUCAUCGACACCGGAGGAAUUGGAUCAAUUGAAGGAAUUGAAGGCUCAAAAGGCACAAUUGUUGGAACGCAUACGGGCUUUUGAAAAUACGGUUUAG